AUGGGGAAGGCUGGCGAAAAGGAUCGCGUGGCAAAAGCUGCAGCAAGGCAUCGGCUGCGCUAUUUACGAGCAGCGUUCAAAGCAGCCCUCUUGUCCUCCACCCACUGCAAACGACCGUCUUCAGCCUGGGUUACCUCUGGGGCCCUAGAGCUCGCAGCUGGGGAAACCUCCUCCCACCGCCAAACUUUGCCGCGGCGUGAGAGCGAGGGCGCGAGCCGGGGUGCCCGGGAACGCGCCGCCCGCCGCCGCCUCCGCCCGGCGCCUGCAGCCCUGGCCUCACCUCAGCCGGCCGAGGUGCAGGCUCCCCGCGCUCAGCCAUACGCGGACGGCGGAGGCUGGUGGUGGUGGCGGCGGCGGCGGCUGCUGCCGCAGACGGUGGUUAAAAAAGGCGGCAGGGAGCGGCGGCGAGUGAUGGGAGCUCCGUGGCUCCCGGGCGCAGGCGGGAUCUGCCGAGCUUUCCGGACACUUGCCAGGAGCUCGGGAGUCUACAGAGCCACCGAGUCCCCGCUCCCUACCGCCGCCUUCCCUCUUCCCCACUUCCCUCCCCCCAGAAAGAGGCGCGGAAAGCCACCUGGAGUAGGGAAGGUGCUGGAAGGAGACGGGCUGCUCCGGACUGCGGCCGCCGAGUCAGGUGCAGCGCCCGGAUUCGAGCGGCGUCGCGACGUCGGCGGGAGGACUCCCACCGUAGCUGUGGGGACUGGAUUCAAAGCCUGGGAAAAGUUCCUGCACUUUGAGAAGAAGGGCCCGCUUGUGGGCGGCUGUCGGGGGGAGACCGAGGGGCUGCGCCCCGCCCCCCCUCCAGGAGGCUGCUCUUGUUUCUUCCACCUCUGCCAUCAGGUGUCUGCUGCGGAGCCGCGGCGUAUCCGGGAGACGCGAGGGGCUGACACACGCACGCACACAGGACUGCAGUUAGCUGCCUCCUGGGGUCUCCUCGGAUUAGCAGAUCCCACCGACCCAACUGCCAUCUCUCCGCCCUCCGGAACACCCCGGGAAGACCUGGGAGGCGGACACCUCCAGCUUGGCCUUUCCACACUCUUUCUGGCCGGCCUGCCAGCCAUUCCCUACUCAGUCUUAGCAGGAGCUCUCAUCCUCAACUUGGCCUCUUGGAUUUCCUUUGCCGUGGUCGUGACUAGUGGAUGUUCCUGCCUGCUGUGGCGUCUUCACUGGAAUUGGAUUUGCAGAGGGGGUCGGUGGAAUCGGAUCACCUCAGUUCCACGCACAACUGGCCCCUGCAUCUUCACGAUCUUCAUCAGCCGUUGCAAGCUUCAGGUCUCUUACCGCCAAGUUGAUAUUUGCCAGACAGACGACGCGCGAUCCGCUCCCCGCUGCUCUGGGGUCUCCCUGUAG